AAGGACUGGGGCAAAGGGGGAGACGCAGGCAGGAGGACCCAGAGCAACCACUGGAAGGGAAGGUCUCGCCCAAGCGCCAGGCUGCUCUCGGGAGGCGCCGACGCCCCGACGGGGACAUGAGGUGGAUCAGACAAAAGCACCCCUGUAACGAGUGCAACAUGGUGUUCAGCACUCAGCGCAAAUUCGACCUUCACUUCAACCACGUGCAUCUCGGUGUAGCGCCCUGGCAGGGACAUCAUCCUUGCGAAGAUUGCGGCAAGGUCUUCUCGCAGAAAAUAAGCUUGAAUGUGCACAGGAUGUUUAAAGGGGCACCACGGCGCUAUUCGUGUAAGAAAUGUUCGUAUGAAGGGCCAACUAAAGAAUAUUUAAAACGACACAUGAAGGUGCAUACUGACGAACGCCAGUUUGUUUGCAAAGAAUGUGGGAAAGGUCUUAAGACUGCUGAAUCCUAUAGGAAUCAUAUGGUUAUCCAUACAAAUGAAGGAAGGUUUGUUUGUGAGAUCUGUAACAAGGCCUACAAUCACAAAGGGGCUUAUCAGGACCACAUCAGAAGUCAUCAGGAUGAUAGAGAUUAUGGAUGCAAUUACUGUGGUGCGUCAUUCAAGUCCUAUAAGCACGUAGCGCGCCACAUCAGAGCCGUUCACCUGAAUGACAAGAGAUUCAUUUGUGAUAUCUGUGGCGUUCAGCACAUGGCCGGCUUCAAUCUGAAGGGACACAUGAAGAAGCACGGCAACGUUUCAUCGCUGCCUUAUGCCUUCGAGUGCUCAUCCUGCGAGGCCAAGUUCAGAGGCGCCGAGGGCCUCGCCACCCACAAGAGAGUGAUUCACAACAUUGAUGAAUCGCUGGAGAGGCAACAGGAGCCAGUGGAGGUGGCAGUGCCGCACCCUACAAGACGUCCGGUCAAGUUCCACUAUUCACGCUUGUCGAACAGCGCCUUGCCCGAGGGUUCAGCUCGGAUCGAGACCGAAGCAGGGUUCGAAACCAUCUACGUGGAAGGAGAGAAUUACAUUGUGUACGACGCCAAGGGUGACAACGUGGUCUACGAAGUUUAUAGCGACAUUGCAGAGGACGAGGACCCCAUUAUGACGGACGCCAUGACGUCUGAGGAGAAUUGUGGCGAGCGUGUUAUCCAUGUGUUUACCUGUGUCUCGUGCAACAUCAUGUUUACCUCGGAGUCGCUCCUUGAGGAACACCAGGCUUCGUGUCAUGGAAGCGACAAAAACUAGAGCAGGCGGUAAAUAUGGACCGAAUUUGGAAUGAAUUGCGGAUUUAGAAGUAAAAGGAAUUUCUCGCUAAAAGUUCGAAUAUAUGUGUAUUAUUUUGUAUUCAUUAAACCGCACGGUACAUUGCUUACUGUUCAGCAAAGAAUGUCACUUGAUAUGAUUUGCAUUGCAAUGUACAGUAAUGAAUUUAUAAUUUUGAGGAAUGGAAACUCCUUUCGUUGUACAAUAAUGUGAUAGUUAUGUCAAAAACGAUAAGGAACAAAAAGUGUAUAUAUAUUUUUUCUUUAUUUUUCCCCUGUUUGUUUAUAUUGUCUGAUUCUCAUCCCUAUGUAUAUUUACUGGAAAUACAGAUGUAAGACGAAACCA